AUGGCGGCGCUCAGCGUGGGACGGGCGGCCGCCGGGGGCCUCCUGCGCGCCCAGAGCCUCGGGGUGUGGAGGGGCCUGCGUGCCUCCGCCGCCCUCCAGCAGAUCCCGCGGGCCAAGUCAGAAAAUGCCAAGUCUGAGGGCACGUUCCAGGUCACCAUGCUGCCCGGAGACGGGGUGGGCCCGGAGCUCAUGCACGCCGUCAAGGAGGUGUUCAAGGCUGCCAGCGUGCCUGUGGUCUUCGAUGAGCAUCACCUGAGCGAGGUGCAGAACAUGGCGUCGGAAGAAAAACUGGAUCAGGUGGUUGACUCUAUGAAGGAAAGUAAAGUCGCUCUUAUAGGCAAGAUCCACACCCCCAUGGAGUACAAGGGAGAGCUGGCUUCUUACGACAUGAGGCUCAGGCGCAAAUUAGACUUGUUUGCAAAUGUUGUCCAUGUGAAGAGCUUACCGGGCUAUAAAACGCGCCACAACAACUUGGAUCUCGUGAUCAUUCGUGAGCAGACGGAGGGGGAGUACAGCUCUCUGGAACAUGAGAGCGCAAAGGGAGUCAUCGAGUGCCUGAAGAUCAUCACCCGGGCCAAGUCGCAGCGCAUUGCCAAGUUCGCCUUUGACUACGCCACCAAAAAAGGGCGCUCUAAGGUCACGGCUGUGCACAAAGCCAACAUUAUGAAAUUAGGCGACGGGCUCUUCCUGCAGUGCUGUGAAGAAGUGGCAGAACUGUACCCCAAGAUCAAAUUUGACACCAUGAUCAUUGACAACUGCUGCAUGCAGCUGGUGCAGAACCCCUACCAGUUCGACGUCCUGGUCAUGCCGAACCUCUACGGGAACAUCAUCGAUAACCUGGCGGCUGGCUUGGUGGGUGGCGCCGGCGUGGUUCCCGGGGAGAGCUACAGCGCUGAGUACGCCGUGUUCGAGAUGGGCGCCCGCCACCCCUUCGCCCAGGCCGUGGGCAGGAACAUCGCCAAUCCCACUGCCAUGCUGCUCUCGGCCGCCAACAUGCUGCGGCAUCUCAACUUGGAAUUUCACUCCAAUUUGAUCGCAGAUGCGGUGAAGAAGGUGAUCAAAGUCGGAAAAGUUCGGACACGGGACUUGGGCGGUUACUCCACCACUUCUGACUUCGUGAAGUCUGUGAUUGACAACCUGCACCCCCACUAUGGUGCCUAGGAACCCCGCUCGCCCCGGGGAGUCGGGGACUUCACUGCACCCUGCAGCAGCUUCCCAUAGCUUACGGCCCAGCAGCGUGUCCUUCCCCCUCCCCGCCCGGCGCAGCAUGCCCUGGCCGAGGGUCCCUGGUGCCCCGGGGGAGGAGGAGGAGGAGGGUGGCUCUCCCCCUGCCCUGCCCAGAGCCCAGUAACCACCCCCAGUCACCACCAGCGGGGAUCGCUGGAGGGACCGAGGGCAGGGCUCCCUUCGGAGUGCGGUUCCCCGUCUCUGCUGUGCCUUCCGUGCGAGGAGGGCAGUGUGGAUCUCGGGGCUUGCCGGGGCAACUCAGGGGUGAACAGGCAGCACCCCAAGCUUGGCAGGCAGCUCCCAGGGACAGCGGAACCACGGUUACUGUAGGACCCUUCUGCCCACAGAGGCUUCAGCAAUAAAUGGGACCACAGGGCCGAGGCCCCGCAUCCAGAACGCACAAGGGCAAGCUGCUCGCGCAGAGCGAGGUUCCCCUUCCUGGCACAAUCCCCGGUGUAGGGAGAGGCGGCCGCGAGGCUUUCUCACCUCCCACCUGCUGGGAACCGGUGCAGGAUGAGGAGGGCUGCUCUUGUUGCCCCCCCAGUGUGAGUUUGUGGUUGGUUUCUGAGGGUGGGGGGGGCCUGCCUGGGGAGCACAGGGCUCUGAGCUGAGCCACCCCCAGUGGGGCAGUGCCUCUGCCCAGCGACUGCUUGCCCCACAGCAGGCAGAGCCCAGGACUGUCCAACCCCUGCGCUCUGCUGCG